UGCAUCCACCAAUCACAGAACAGAUAGAUCAAUUGGGAGUGGCCCACUCUGAUCUUGCCACGUGGCAAAACUUCCUCACCAACCCAAACCUCUGCUGAUUUUCACAUCCCCAACAUCAACACAAGGAGUCCGACCCCAAACCAUCACCAUUGAAGACUCUCUCUCUCUCUCUCUCUCCUGAAAGGGCUCUGCUUCUUCUCUGCUUUGCCCCUUUCUCCAAUGGCAGCUGCCAACGGAUUCGCCACGGCGUUUGCAGGGGCAAAGAUGGAAACUUUACUCUGCAAACCUUCCAUCUGUUCGUCCCAAAUCGGGAUUUCUAGCAAGAAUGCUAGGAAUUCAAGGAGACGGAGCUUCGAAAGGCGCAGCUUCUCGAGCCCCAGGUGCGACGCCUCGUCGGAUAGCUUGGUUAAGGAAGAGAACACGGCCGAAUCGAGAGCUUCGAGCGUCUCUGCCCUCGAACAGCUCAAGACGUCGGCUGCCGACCGAUACACCAAGGAAAGGAGCAGCAUUUUGGUCAUAGGGCUUAGUAUUCACACAGCGCCAGUCGAGAUGCGUGAAAAGCUUGCCAUACCUGAAGCGGAAUGGCAUCGUGCUAUUGGGGAGCUAUGUGGCUUGAAUCACAUAGAAGAAGCUGCUGUUCUUAGCACCUGCAACAGAAUGGAGAUUUAUGUGGUGGCUCUAUCUUGGCACAGAGGAAUUCUGGAAGUGGCCGAGUGGAUGUCAAAGACGAGUGGAAUUCCUGUUUCAGAGCUUCGGCAGCACUUGUUUUUGCUCCGCGACAAUGAUGCCACGCAGCAUCUAUUCGAAGUAUCUGCAGGGCUCGACUCGUUGGUUCUAGGAGAAGGACAGAUCCUUGCCCAAGUCAAACAGGUUGUCAAAGUCGGGCAAGGUGUUGUAGGCUUCGGAAGAAAUAUCAGUGGACUGUUCAAGCAUGCGAUUACUGUCGGGAAGCGGGUCAGAACUGAGACCAACAUUGCAGCUGGGGCAGUUUCUGUCAGCUCGGCCGCUGUCGAGUUAGCCCUUAUGAAGCUCCCGAAGUCCGAGUCUCCCUCUGCUCGAAUGUUGGUGAUUGGAGCAGGCAAGAUGGGGAAGCUUGUCAUCAAACAUCUGGUUGCGAAAGGGUGCAACAAGAUGGUGGUUGUGAACCGAUCAGAGGAGAGAGUGGCUGCCAUCCGCGAGGAACUGAAAGAUAUUGAAAUAAUCUACAAACCCAUCACGGAAAUGCUCUCAUGUGCUGCAGAAGCUGACGUUGUAUUCACCAGCACAGCAUCUGAGACACCAUUGUUCUUGAAAGAGCACGUCGAGGACCUUCCUUCCGUGGGUCCAGAAGUUGGAGGCUUGAGGCUCUUUGUCGACAUCUCGGUCCCCAGGAAUGUUGGCUCAUGCGUUUCAAAUGCCGAGUCUGCACGAGUCUACAAUGUCGACGAUCUCAAGGAAGUAGUCGAAGCCAAUAAGGAAGAUCGCCACAGGAAAGCAAUGGAAGCUCAGGCAAUCAUUGCCGAAGAAUCAAAACAGUUCGAGGCUUGGCGGGACUCUUUAGAAACCGUCCCUACCAUCAAGAAGCUAAGGUCCUAUGCAGAGAGGAUCCGAGUUUCAGAGCUCGAGAAAUGCUUGUCGAAAAUGGGCGAGGAACUCCCAAAGAAAACAAGGCGGGCUGUGGAUGAUCUCAGCCGUGGUAUAGUGAACAAGCUUCUUCAUGGGCCCAUGCAGCAUUUGAGAUGCGAUGGUAGUGACAGCCGGACUCUGAACGAGACUCUAGAAAACAUGCAUGCCCUUAACAGGAUGUUCAGCCUCGAGACUGAGCUAUCGGUGUUGGAACAGAAAAUCCGAGCCAAGGUGGAGCAAACCCAAAAGUAAAAUGCUUGUAUCCAAACCGCCCACAUUCAUCUUUCAUAUCCAGAAAUCCGUCCACCUUCUCCCUUACUUCAUUUUCUUCGAAUAAGAGGAAAAUUUCCUCAGCUUUUCUUGAACAUGGGUGCCAUUGGAUUCUUCGAUCACAUAUAUAGAGAAAUGGCGGUCCUCAGUGGGCCGUUGUGUUCCAUUGAUAGAGGGUGAUAAAGGUAUUCUAACUUGAUAUUGGUCUCUGUUUCAUGUCUAUAGUGUUGUACUUGUAAUGGCUGUUUCGGUUCAGUUGGAAAUGAUGUUUUUGUGAAACUAUGUUAUUGUAAUUAUUCAACUGAUUGUUUCAGUUUUGAGAUGGGCUUAAUUUUAGAACUGGUUUCUUUGGUGA